AUGGCAAUGAUAAAGGAACACUCUGCUUCAAAGAAGAUCACCGGCGGAUCAAUGGCAACUACUUCCUCCAAUUCCCCCAAAAGGCAAACCACAAACCCUCCUCCAAAAAGGGGCCAGAUCAAAGCUCAGAUUUUUGAGAGCCUGGUGGGAACAGUAGUUUCUGUGGCCUCAAAGGUAGGGGAAGCACCGAGUAGGUGGGGGAUAGACGGCGGUGUUGGUGGUAGCUCCGCCUCCGCGAGCCCACCACCGAGCGCUUACUGCUCUGAUGGAUGUUUCGAUCACUCCGAAACACCAUAG